AUUUUUAGCCCUCUUGUGGGCAUAUAUACCUUGCGACGCAAGCCACAAUAUCUUCACAUUCGACUGCGCUUCCUCGCGUGGACGGAACAGCCACGAUGUCAGGAGUAGCAAGGUCUGUGGAUACCACGACGAACAACCUACCUCCCCCGCCCAUCGUAACAUCGCCUCGGGCGGUUGCAUACCCCGUCGCUUCCAUCGACAGAUAUGGGUUUCUCCUUGCCGACAAACGAUUCUCUCCUCGAGUGAACGAAGCCGUCAAGUCGCGUACCAGUCAUCCCCAUCACCACCCGUCGUCCGACACGGUGUGGCUGGAGAACCGACGGACUCAAAAGUGGAUCGCCAUGACGGGGGGCGUGGAUAUUGAAGACUGGGAGCGCACCAAGCAAAAACAGGCGGCCAAACUCAAGUCCAGAGUCCGCAAGGGCAUUCCGGACGCCAUCCGCGGCAUCGCGUGGCCCCAUUUGGCUGGCUCGAGCCUCAUGAUGAAGAACAAUCCGUGUAUGUACCGCGACUUGCUGGCGACGCCGCACGCCCCCUGCGAGGAUACGAUCUCCCGUGACAUCGGCCGCACCUUCCCCAAGCACCACCUGUUCAAGGACGCCACGUCGUUGGGCCAAGGAGCGUUAAUGAACGUUCUGCGCGCGUACUCGGUGUACGACCCGAACGUCGGCUACUGCCAAGGCAUGGGGUUCAUUUCGGCGCUGUUCCUCAGCUACAUGCCGGAAGAGCAAACGUUUUGGCACGUCGUGGCCUGUCUGAACCAAAAGAAGUACGGCAUGGCCGACAUGUACCGCCCAGGCAUGCCCCGCGUCAUGGAGAUCAUGUGGACCUUUGACCAGUCCAUGAAGCAGUACCUCCCCAAGCUCGCAGACCACUUGGACGCCGAGGGACUGCAUCCCACCAUGUACGCCACGCAGUGGUUCGUCACGCUCUACUCGUACUCGUUUCCGUUUGAGUUUGUCACGCGAGUGUGGGACAUAUACCUCCACGAGGGCUGGAAGAUUGUGUAUCGCGUGGCGUUGGCGCUGCUCACUGUGUCCGAGAAAACCCUGCUGGACGCGUCGUUUGAAAAGAUCAUGGAAUUUUUCCGCGAUUUGCCCACUUCGGUGCACACGGCGGAAGUGCUGGCCGUGGCGUUGGAGAUUCCCUUGACCACGAAGCAACUAACCGCUUGGCACGACGAAUACCAGAGUUCCCAAACACCCCACUAAGCUUAACUCACUCCAGGACUUAUUGUAAAAUCCAUCGAGUUACUUGGCAAAUCUUGCCUUCAGUCGAGGGAGUCCGACGAGGCCCCCGACGGCCACGACGAUGAGCUGGACGGUCGUGGCCGUGUCGAUGAUGUCGCCCUUGGAUUGCAACGCGCUGAGAAUGAGCCCGGCCUUGCAGCUGAGAAAGUUGUACGGGGUCAAGCCGACCGCGACGGACGCGGCAAACUGCAACAGCGGAAUGCCCACAUGGGGAGACGACAUGUUCAUGAACCAGUUGGGGGAGAAUGGAAAGAUGCGCAGGAAGAUCAUGUACAGCGUCAGGUCGUCGCGGUGAGCGUCGAUGGUCACGCGCAUUUGGUGCAACCGCGUCGAGAGGUGCUUUUGGACGAGCUUACCGCCAAACCGAGCCGACAAUCCGUACAUGAAACAUGACCCUAGCGUGUUGUACAAGAGGCACAGGGGAAACCCCACUAGAAGGCCGAAGAGCGCACCGCCGAGUAGGUUCACGAAGAUGGUGCCAGGGAUCGCCCACGACUGGAGAAACAGGUACAGAAGGCCAUGAGCGAUGAGGACACGGCCAGGGGAGUGCGCCGUGAUGUCACGCAGUUCCUGGCCCAGUUCUUUCGCCACAAGCAACGAGGUUGGGAAGCGAAUCUUGGCGGCAUCUUCGGCACUGAGGUCGUGAAGAAUGAGAAAGUAGAUGGACGUCCCAACCGCGAUGAGGGACAUGAGGAAGAUCACGACUAGGGAGACUACAUCUGGUGCGACGAUGAUGGUGCUCUUGCUCUCUUCUGUCGAUGGCGCUUGUGACGACGGGGCUUGGGUCGAGGGGAUCCGUUGACGCAGGUCCAUCUCCCUUGCUUUCCGGCCUCACAAGAUCACUUACGCCUUCAACUUCGCUCACGGAAUCCGGAAAAUACAGUUAUCCGGAUGGUUUAUCAUGCAGAUU